UUUGGUUUGGGUGCCGGGCAUCAGCUGGCUCUCUCCCUGUCUAUCUGGGGCGGUGUUUCUUGCUGGUGCGAGCAACUAUAACAAACGUACUCAUCAGCUGGUAGGUCAUUUAGUCACAUGCAAUAUGGGAAAUGUAGUUAUAUUCAAAGUAAAACGCCUCCUGCACUUGGGAGUAUGAAUUCCGUCAAAACUACGUUACCCACAAUGCCCCGCUGCAAUCGUAAACAUAGACCUGUCAAACAACAAAAACGCCAUCUUGACAGCACCCUCAAAAUGGCAGAAAGAUGUGAGCUAGAAACCAAGUCUAAACUAAGAUACCCGCUCCCUGCUAUUUAAAACCAGACUCGCUAGUUUUUCCAUAAACGAGUGGUUAUGGGGUUGGUGCCCUGCGCGGCAGCACAGAGCCUGUAAAAUGGAUAUACCGACGGCGGUUUACAACGCGGCCAGAGAUGGUAAGCUGAAACUUAUCCAGAAGUUGCUGAGCAACAAAACUCCUGAGGAGCUGGAGGCUUUAGCCGAGGAGAAAAUCCAGGGAGGCACUCCUCUGUUGAUAGCCUCUCGGUACGGACAUUUAGAGGUUGUAGACUACCUCCUUGAACAGUGUAAAGCAAAUGUUGAACUCGGGGGGGCGGUUAACUUUGACGGCGAGACCAUCGAGGGAGCUCCGCCGCUGUGGGCAGCCUCGGCAGCCGGUCACCUCCCUGUGGUUAAGACGCUACUGAAACACGGUGCCUCAGUAAACAACGCAACACUAACUAACUCAACGCCGCUCCGAGCUGCCUGCUUUGACGGUCACCUGGAGAUCGUCCGCUACCUGGUGGAGCACAGAGCUGACAUGGAGGUAGCCAACCGCCACGGCCACACCUGCCUCAUGAUCUCCUGUUACAAGGGCCACAAGGAGAUCGCCAAGUUCCUCCUGGACCGUGGUGCUGAUGUCAACCGCAAGAGUGUAAAAGGAAACACCGCCCUCCACGACUGUGCGGAGUCAGGUAGUCUGGACAUCAUGAAGAUGCUGCUAAAGUGCAAUGCUCGCAUGGAGAGAGAUGGAUACGGGAUGACCCCUCUCCUCGCUGCGAGUGUAACAGGUCAUACCAACAUUGUAGAGUAUCUCGCCCACCAGCCUCGCACCUCCAGAGAGGAGCGAAUCGAUGCACUUGAACUCCUUGGGGCUACUUUUGUGGAUAAAAAGCGUGAUCUUCUAGGGGCGAUGAGGUACUGGAGAAGGGCUAUGGAGCUGAGGCAGCCAGGGGACAAGACGGGAUCCCUGGCCAAGCCUCAACCUGGUCCUCCUAUCCCUGCCUAUGGCUGUGCGCAGGAGGUGACCUCUGCAGAGGAGCUGGAAGCUUUGAUCACAGACCCUGAUGAAAUGAGGAUGCAGGCCUUGUUAGUCCGAGAGCGCAUACUGGGGCCAUCCCAUCCAGACACUUCUUAUUAUAUCCGCUACAGGGGAGCUGUGUAUGCAGACUCGGGCAAUUUUGAACGCUGCAUCAGCCUGUGGAAAUAUGCUUUAGACAUGCAGCAGAGCAACCUGGACCCUCUCAGCCCCAUGACAGCCUCCAGUUUCCUGUCUUUUGCAGAGCUUUUCUCUUUCGUUCUCCAGGACCGGGCCAAAGGCACCCUGUCAACACGCGUCACCUUCCACGAUCUGAUGACUGUGCUGGUGAAAAGUGUGAGGGAGGUAGAGAGAGCUGUGGCACAGAGAGACAACCCUCCGGAGGCUCCUCAGUUCACCAAAGCACUCUCCAUCAUCCUGCACCUCAUCUUUCUCCUGGAGAAGCUGGAGUGCAGCCCAGAGCAGGAGCAUCAGAAGAAGCACACAGUGUACCGCCUGCUAAAGCUGAACCCUCGAGGUCGCAGCGGCUUCACUCCUCUCCACAUGGCUGUAGACAAAGAGACCACGUCUGUUGGCCGAUACCCUGUGGGCCGCUUCCCCUCCCAGGCGGUGGCAGCACUGCUCCUAGAGUGUGGCGCGGACGUGGAUUCACGUGACAGUGAAAACAAUACGCCUCUGCACAUCGCUGCUAACAACGGUUGUCCAGAGAUUAUGGCACUACUUAUGAAGGCUGGGGCUCACUUUGACGCUACAAAUGCACAGAGGAAGACGGCCUACGAGCUGCUGGAUGAGCAGAGCAGCGGGCACCCGGCCCUCUACCCACUGAACUAUGUCACCCUUCAGUGCCUGGCAGCACGUGCAAUUGAAAAGCACAGACUGCCCUACAGGGGACUCAUCUCUGAAGAGAUGGAGGCUUUUAUUGAACUGCACUGACUGAUGAGGCAUCCCUGCACUACACUUCCUGUUGCCCCCCAUAUCUUACUAUGACCUGCCACUUCCUUCUCCACACCAUUCUCCUCAUCUUUGUCUCCUUUUUGGCCUCUGCUUCGCUCCUGGCCUUAUCAUCCUUGUGUCAGACCAAACCAUAGCAAUAAAAAUCCAGCCUCUGGGCUUAAAUCUGUGGCUGAGAUCUGGUCAGUUAUCGCUCGAUUCUAACAUUAAGUCACAUAGACUUUCUCAGUGAUUGUUGGUUUCUUCUGCUAUGUAAAGCUGGGUGAAACUUCAACAUGAUAUAGGCUUUAAUGCAUUUUCCCUCUCUUUGCCCCAGUAAAAAGGAGACUUAUGGUACUAUGGUGCUUGUGUGUGUUUGGUGGUGGCCGGAGUUUAUGAAAGAUGGGUUUUAGUAUUACUGAUAGAAAGCAUCUGAUCAAAGGAGACAGUUAACAUGCAUGAAAAUGAAGAGUGAAUAGUAGAUCACUUGUUGUUUUGCAAAUUCAUUCAGAGAGGAAGUGUGUGAACAACCAGCCAAACGUGCAUGCUGGUAGUUUUUUAGCUGGCUCGACUUCACAUAUACCAUCUGCUAUGUGUCUUUGAUAUGGGAAGGUGUUUGAAUUUACUGUGCCAAAUGUCAGCCAUGGAGCCAUGUUCUGUUACAGAGUGUAAACUGGUGGCAAAAUGAAAAGCAACUAACUUUUCUUUCUAAUUAUAAGCAGAAUGAAUAACUUAAAGUGGAGACGCACAUAAAGAAAAUAAGGAGCUCAAGUUGAGCUGGUACCACUGUUUGGCUAACACUCCCCAGUCUCCACACAGACAUUUAUUACCUAUGCAGUUUGUGAUAUUCCAAUCAGAGGUGACAUUUUUCAAGCAAAAAUUCACUACAUAAACAGGAUUUUACAUCCUUAUCUUCAUGAUGGUGACUCAAACCUGGGGCUGCUUCUUUGACAAUUAAUUUAUAUCUUCUGAACAUUUGAACUACGGAUGUUUUCUUAAAAUUUCUGCCUAUGUCCAAAUGAACAAUUUCAAACUGGAGCCUAAUGUGUGCCUACGUCCCUUUCACUUCUGUCAGCAUCAGCGAAGAUAUUCAGUUCACUCAGACAAAGAAGCAGAAUCAGGAGGUUUUGUGAGACACACGUUAACUGUCCCAAAAUCAUGUGUCAAUUCUGUUUUGGAGUGAAUUUUCCCUUUAACCUCAGAUGCAGUACACAGAAAUGGAGGCGGCCAUUCCUGCAUCUUAGUCUUAUUUUUAAUAGGGUCUCUUUUGUUUAUCUUGUGUUAUCAUGAAUGUUUUAUUUGUCUGUCCUGUGCUAAGCACCACCAAGUUGAAUGCACACUGAGAAGCUCCAAAUCCUAAAUAGACUACUUACAUUCAGACUAUGGACUGUCGCUGCCUCUUUCUCUGUCUCAACUGAUUCAUUUAACUGAUGAUAACUCAAGAACAAAAGUGUGUUGGAGAUACUUGAAUAAAAUUCAGUAUCACAACAUAA